CAUAUCUUCAUAACUCUCGGUACUUCUCUCUGCUCUCUCUCUCUCUCUCUUUCACACACACGCUUUCUCUCUUCUUUCACUACUCAAGCCUAGAAUGUCUCCAGAAGCUUACACUCUGUUCUUUAACUCUCUCAACCUGCUUACCUUCGAAACUUUUGCUUGGCUUUCUCUCUUCAUAGCCACAAUUGCUUUCUUUCUCUCACCAGGUGGGCUCGCAUGGGCCUGCACCAAGUCGUCUAAGACUCGCGUUUCGAUUCCUGGUCCAUCUGGUUCUCUUUCCGUCUUCUCACGCUCCAACCCUCACCGCGUUCUCACAGCGCUUGCCCAACGCUUUAAGGCCUCUUCUUUGAUGGCGUUCUCCGUUGGGUUUACGCGUUUUGUGAUCUCCAGUGAACCGGACACGGCUAAAGAGAUUCUAAACAGCUCUGCUUUUGCUGACCGGCCGGUUAAGGAGUCAGCUUACGAGCUACUAUUCCACCGCGCCAUGGGGUUCGCACCAUAUGGUGAGUACUGGAGGAACCUGAGGAGAAUCGCUUCAACGCAUCUUUUCAGUCCGAGAAGAAUUGCGAGUUUCGAAGGUGUUAGGGUUGGAAUCGGUAUGGAGAUGGUGGAAAAAAUUAAGAGCGUUGGUGGUGGUGAAGUUGAAGUGAAGAAGGUGAUUCACUUUGGUUCCUUGAAUAAUGUAAUAAAGACUGUUUUUGGUGAAAGCUACGACUUUGAUGAAGUUAAUGGGGAUGGAUGUUUUCUGGAGAGGCUGGUGAGUGAAGGUUAUGAGUUGCUUGGGAUAUUUAACUGGAGUGAUCACUUUGGUGUUCUUCGUUGGUUUGACUUCCAAGGAGUGAGGAAGAGGUGUAGAGCUUUGGUCUCUGAAGUCAACACUUUUGUCGGCAGCAUAAUUGAGAAGCACAAGACGAAGACGCGCAACAAUCUCAAUGGAGAGGAAAAUGACUUCGUUGAUGUCUUGCUUGGCUUGCAAAAGGAUGAAAAGUUGUCUGAUUCCGACAUGAUUGCUGUUCUUUGGGAAAUGAUAUUUAGAGGGACAGAUACAGUUGCGAUUCUAGUGGAAUGGGUACUUGCAAGAAUGGUAUUGCAUCAAGACAUUCAAGCAAAACUCUUUAAAGAGAUAGCUUCCGUUACAAGUAACAACACUAGAUCAUUGUCUGAUUCCGACAUCUCAAAACUGCCGUACCUUCAAGCUAUUGUCAAAGAAACCCUGAGGCUCCACCCACCUGGCCCUCUCCUCUCGUGGGCCCGUCUCGCUAUCCACGAUGUCAACGUAGGUCCCAACCUUAUCCCUGCAGGAACCGUAGCUAUGGUCAACAUGUGGUCCAUUACACAUGACGAUAAAAUCUGGACCGACCCUGAAGAGUUUAAGCCUGAGAGGUUUAUUGAAGGUGAAGAAGUCAGUAUCAUGGGUUCGGAUCUUAGGUUGGCUCCAUUCGGUUCGGGUCGUCGGGUUUGCCCGGGUAAGGCAAUGGGUCUAGCCACUGUUCAUCUAUGGGUUGCUCAGAUGAUUCAGAAUUUCGAAUGGGGUAAGGGUUCUUGUGAUGUGGAGCUCACUGAGGUUCUCAAGCUGUCUAUGGAGAUGAAGAAGCCGUUAAAGUGUAAGGCUGUUCCAAGGAAUGUUCGUUUUGGUUGAUGGAUCCGAUUAUCUGUUGUAUCGGGUCAAGGUACUUGUUUAAUAACUACUACGGUAGUCUAUUUUAAUAAUUAAUAAUUAUGGUUUGUUUAGGAAGUUAGGGUUUUGGCACGUCUGCUAAACCUCUCUAGGGUUUUGGUGUCAAGUUUUUUUCACUUAGCUUUUAUGUUUGCUUCAUGCUUCAUGUCGGCUUUGGUUUAGUGGCUAUUCAAUAAUAUAUCACAUA